CAAGAAAAUGGACAGCGUCCAACAUAUUGACUCAGCAAAAGUCAAUGAAGGAGCCAAAAAGGACAUAGAGCUACACAAUCAAAGGGACAAAUCCAUAGAGGAGGGACAGAGACUCCUCAUCCUCACCGAUGAGCAGCCGUGGAAACCAUGGCAACGGUCCCGCUCCUGGGUAAAAGAGUGUCUGGUGAGGGUGAGAUGUGUCAUGGGUUCCCUGAUGGGGAUGGAGUGGUACUGUUUCGCUGCUCUCGGGGUUCUGACCGCUUUCCUUAGUUUUCUCAUGGACCUGAGUGUGGCAAAGCUGCUUCGAGCUCACCAGUGGUUGUAUAGUCAGUUGGAGGGCCACUGUCUGCUGCAGUUCCUGUGCUGGACCCUGUACCCAGUCUCACUCUCUGCGCUGUCCACAUCUUUCUCUCAAAGCAUCUGUCCAUUCUCUGCAGGUUCUGGGGUUCCAGAGGUGAGGACCAUCCUGUCUGGUGUGGACAUGCCACAUUACCUGUCCCUCACCAACCUAUUUGCCAAAUACGUGGGUCUCAUCUGCACACUGGCAGCCGGCAGCACUGUCUUCCUGGGAAAAGUGGGUCCAUUUGUGCAUCUCUCCACCAUGGUGGGAGCCUAUCUGAACCGUCUCUGCACUGUUCUCCGUGGUGAGAAGGAGGAGAGAACUGAAGGAGCGAUGCUGGUUGUGGCUGCUGCUGUUGGAGUAGCCAGCUGCUUCGGGGCCCCUAUCAGUGGUGUGUUGUUUAGCGUGGAGGUGAUGUGCUCUCACUUUGCCCUAAAAGACUACUGCCCAUGCUUCUUUGCGUCGGCCUGCGGAGCGCUCACCUUCCAUCUGCUCUCCAUGUGGAGCGGCGAGCAAGAGACUCUUCAGGCUUUGUUUCAAACCAGCUUCUCAGAUGACUUGCCUUUCUACCCACUGGAGAUUCCAGUCUUUGCUGUAUUGGGGCUUCUGUGCGGAGCAGGUAGCUGUGCCUACCUAUUCUGUCACCGUUGGAUACUGCUGUUCAUAAAGACAAACAAAAUCCUGAUCAAAGUCUUGUCGACUGAGAAGGCCCUAUACUCCGCUAUGGUGGUGUUCCUUCUUGCAUCUGUGACUUUCCCUCUUUCUGCUGGUCAAUAUAUGGCUUCCAAGCUCACCAUUAAGCAGCUCCUCUCUUCCCUCCUGGACAGCAGGCAGUGGACCUCUCAAUCCCACAAUGCCUCUGUGGCGUUGCAGCCAAACUUGUUUCCCUGGUCAGAGUGGAUUCCUUCAGGGAAUCCAUACCUCACUCUGGGAUUCUUCCUAUUCAUGAAGAUGUGGAUGCUGGUGUUGGCUUGCACCUUGCCCCUGCCAGCCGGUUACUUUAUGCCUGUCUUUAUCUAUGGUGCUGCUAUAGGACGUUUAGUCGGGGAAGGAUUGGCAUAUGUGUCCCUAAAUGGUGUCUAUUUAGACCAAGAUAGGAAUCCAAUCAACCCUGGAGGCUAUGCACUGGCUGGUGCAGCAGCGUUCUCAGGGGCGGUCACACACACGCUGUCCCCUGCCCUCCUGGCUCUGGAGCUGACCGGCCAGUCCACCCACGCCGUGCCCAUCCUCCUCGCCACACUGGUGGCCAAUGUCCUGGCACGCUCUGGGCAGCGCCCAUCCUUCUACGAUGCCCUCUCCAUCAGCAAGAAGCUCCCGCACUUACCCUCCCUUCUCAAGGUCUGCCCAAGGCUCUCCUCUGUCCCAAUAGGGAAGGUACUGGGUCCUGGAGGUCCAGUGCUGGAGAGGGCAGCUGGGCCAACGGAGGUUCAGCAGGUUCUCAACACAUGCAGCCAGACACAGAUCCCUGUGGUCGACACACUGGGCUCGCGGAUUCUGCUAGGUUCAAUUAACAGAUCGGACCUGCAGACGUUUCUAUGCCACAACCACAAUAAGGGAUUGAAGAAACAGUUGGUGGAUAUGUGUUCUAUUCAGCCUGUUUCUGUCCAGCUCUCCCCUGAUACAACUGUCCAGGAGGCUCAUGGCGUCCUCAGCAUGCUGUGUGGCGAGAGCCUGUUUGUGACUGAGAGAGGGAGGCUAUCUGGUGUUGUCACAUGGCCAGAGAUGAAGAGAAUGAUGGAAGUUUUGGCUGAUGACCUCUAAGAUAUGGACAGACAGAACCGGUAUUAUUUACUCCCAACAAGAAUCUAUCCCUAAAUACGCCGAACAAUAUUGAUUCUUAUAAUGCUAAUAAUGAUACUUUGUCUUCAUUUUAUAAUGAUAAGCUUUUUGGUGAUUUGCUAAUCACCAAUCACCAAGGCUAUUUCAUAACAGUUAUAAGAGCUUAUUGAUAUGCCGCUAGGAGAUGUAACUCCCUUGCGGUUUUGGAUGAUCUUGUUUACUGACCCGGAGAUAUCUCUAAGGACACUGUGAUAUUCAAAGUAAUUACACAUCGUGCCUAAGAACAUCCCUUAGCCUUAGUGUGUUAUUUAUCAGGAUAUACCAUGUGCUCUUAUGCCUUAUUGCGAGUUAGAGCAAUUUCAACCUAUAGUGGAUUCUGUAAUGCCGCAAACAACUUCUCUUCUGCUUCAGACCAUUAUUUACUUAUCUGUUACUCCCAGCAAUUUUCUCCCUUCAAUUCAGUCCUUUUUCACUUUGAACGGAACGACCCAAUGUUGUUGCUGUACGGGUCUGAUUUAGGACUAGAUUCUAUGAGAUCCACGGUAGCCGACACCCGCGGUUGUUUUGGCGGUGUUGCAGGUGGAACUGCGUUAGAGCUGUCAAAUCCACAAGCGGCUUCCGGCA